GGCGUCGGCGCGCAUGCGCCUGCAGAACCUGCGAAAUCCAGCAGCGUAUGCAACUGAAUUCAAUUGCCUUCUCUCAAUUUUGGGAAGAGAUCAUCGCGACCUCCUGUGGCUGUAGUGAGCAGUAACUUGCGUGGUAGGACUCCCUCGCCACUCCUCUCUCCCCUUGGCUCCAGCAUGGAGAGGGACGGGGUUGCCGUGGGCAACCUGAUUGACUUUGACACGCCGCCCUCUGCUGAGGAGACGUACCCCCCCGCCCCCCAGGGCGGACCUGGCUACGCCGCCGACCUUCUGGCUAUGCAGUGCGGACCCCUCGAACCCACAGCAUUCGGUCUGUCCGGGGCCCAGCCGGGCACCGCACCUUCUGGGGCUGGAUCCAGUGACGGGGAAGAAGGCAACGGCAGCGAGGCCACGGAGUCCGCGGACAGCGAGCACGAGGGGGCGGAGUCGCCCACCUGCACCCGGAGCUUCUCGCGGCGCUCAUCCUCGUCGUCCAAUCACAGUGCGGAGGAGGCGGGGUCUGAGGCAGCCGAGUGCAGGGAGUUUAUGAAGAACUACGUGGAGAAGGUGUUCCACAGCAGGGAGGACUUUGACCAGGAGGAGAAGGCACGCUUCGGGGAGCUGUGCAGCGGAGAAAACAGCAAGGGCAGGGAGUGGUUUGCCAAGUAUGUCAGUGCACAGCGUUGCCAUUCAAAGUGUGUGUCGGAGCAGACCUUCUACAGGCUGGUCCAGGCCUUCGCCGUCGUCCUGUUCGAAUGCUACCAGAUGGAUGAUUACGGUCCGGCCAAGAACCUCAUGACCAUGUGCUUCACGUAUUACCACAUGGGGAAGUCACAACUGUCCCCCACGGAGCUCCUGGAACGUCCGUCUGGGGGCAUCGACUCCUACCUGCGCAGUGCCAACACCUGGCUGUCUGGGAAGAAGGACAUGGCGGAGAGGCUGUUAAAGAACAGCUCGGCCAGGAGCGACGUCAAGGGCUUCUUCGGGGGUCUGGAGAGCAAGCUGAGGAGGCCGUCUGCCAGCACGAGCGAGGAAGCCAGCAGCCCGGCGGAAGGGGAACCCCCGAAGCCCGAGUCACCUGAUGAAAAGAAAGGGGAAAAGAUCUAUCUCUAUACACACCUUAAGCAGCAGCCCAUCUGGCACACUCUGAGGUUUUGGAACGCUGCGUUCUUUGACGCCGUCCACUGCGAAAGGAAAAAGAGGUCUCCCACGACCAGGCGGACGGCCGAGGACGACACAAGCGAGAGGGAGAAGUGGUGUCACAUGACCCAGGAGGAGCGAGACGACAGCUCCAGGUUCAAUGAGAACAUCACCUUCGGGCAGCUUGGGACGUUCACCCAUAACAUGCUGGCCUUUGGACUCAGUAAGAAGCUCUGUAAUGAUUUCCUGAAGAAGCAGGCAGUCAUCGGUAACUUAAAUGAAGAGCAGUACAAGCUUCUGAGUGACCACAUAGAGCAGAUGGCAGCGGAGUGAACAGCUCAGCUUGGAGAACCAAACCUGUGGAUGAUCCUACAGCUUUGCUUCCAUUAAACCCUGAGAUUUCCCCCGAUGCACCUUCAGCUAACCUCUGAUUCUUCUUUAGUCCAGCCUGUAGGCUUUCGACUCACCCUGUUCUUCUAACUUUGCCUCACUUAACCCAGCCGAUUCCUCUCUGAUCCAGCUUUGCUGAAACCUUCACCACUCACUGGUGUUCAUCUCCAGAUAGACCAGCCUACUAGCUUAUUUCUCCAGAACGUCCCGUAUCUUCCGUCCUAAUGGGCUCCAGUUGUGCACUCUCCCUGCGUUGCACCCCCUGCAUGCCCCCCGGUAGGGUCAUCCAAAGACACUGCAUGCCUCUGUGUACCGUGAUAUACCACUAACACACCCCAGAACCGUAUCUACAGCCGUGUUCUGUGCCUCUCCCUACGUCCUACACAGUCACACUCCUGCAGAACAGUAGCGGGUUUAUAGCUAACCAAUGCAAAGUCUAACAUUAGCAGUUAGUCCAGUGUAUCCUGCUGAGAUUGACAGUGAUUGGUUUUCCCCAGGUCAGAUGCUUUUUUGGGAGGCCAAUGAGAGGGUCAGAUAAGCAGGUCCCUCACACUAAAGCCGUUUGAGUGUCCUGGGUGAUAAUACACAGCAUCAGAUGGUAAAUGAUUUCAUUUUUUGCUUUGAUUCUGAGCUUUCAGAGCUUUGAGGCACUCUGGCGCAUGUGGUUAAAAGUGCCUUUAGCGUACCUGAAAAUAGACGUCUUGAUGUUGUGACAGGCCCAUUUUUGAUACUGUAACCAGGGGAGUAGCUACAUUGUGUGGUGAUUGUAGGCUCCCAAUGAUGCCAUUGUGCAUGCCCGUCAAUAAUUUACGCAGUAUGGAUGUAUACGAAGUGUGCAUCGUUUUGACGUUUUUCUUCACGAGUUUAGAAAAACUCUAAAGCACUGUGGAUGCUGUCACAUGGUUUCCCGACACUGGGAGAGAGGGAGCAUGAGCUGACAUAGUUUAGGGUGCAAGUUUGUAUCUGCAGCAGGGUGCCGUAAAGAGAGGGAAAGUUAGGAUGAUCCCAGGAGCCUCUGAGUGACAGGGGCCCUAAAAAAUCUGGAACAUAAUCGGAUCAGUCUAGGUUGGGGGCCCAGUGUGAUGGGCCUUCUUGGGGUCCACAAUCUCUAGCAGCACCCCUGAUCUGCAGAGACUUCAUCACUGAUUGGAGGAACAGUGCUGCAUUGCAACUUGAACCAACCGUGACUCGGGGUAACUUAAAUGUUCUUACCUAUGCAGUCCACCAGGGGGCAGUCAUUGCACAUUGGUGGUCCAGUUUGCAAAUUGCUCCUUUCAAUAACCAGAAUUUUAACUUGAGACAUUGCAUCUCUAAAACGUUUGUCAGACAAAUUCUGUAUUUGCCCACAUGUGGGAAUUUAAGGCACUGAGAUGAUUUGUACAUGAAGGUUAGUUUUAAAGGCUGAAUUAUCAAAUUAUACAUCUUAACCUGACGAUUCCUCGUGACAGACAAGGAAGGUGCAUUUCCUUUAUGGAUUCAUUGUCAAACUUGUGUAUAUAUGUCCUGAUUCCAAACAGCUAAUGUAUUGCAAAAGCCAUUUUUUUGCUGUGAAACUACUUGUUUCCCAAAUACUGUUUUGUGAGUGUGACUGUAGGACGUGUUCGCUGUGAAACAACAGAAUGACGGCUACUGCUGACAUAUGUGGGUCCCUUCAGAAGGACAUGCCAGACUAUCACAUCAUCUACGGCAAAAUGACAAUGCAAGAGGGCAACUGUAAGCAUUAAUAAGUGUGAGCAAUAAGCCUUUCUGUGAAGGCUGGCAUAGUGGACCUUCACAGGGACCAUGUGAAAUUUAAAUGCAAAACAAAGGAACCUAAAAUAUAUAUUUUCUGCGUAAAAUACUGUAUAGCAAAGUGUUGAAUGUAUAUCACAGUUAGUGGUAUUUUAACUUGUAGUUGCAGUGUUUGUGAAUUGUCCAGUUUCCCGUGUUUUCGUUUGUGUCCCAUCGUUGUGUGACUCGUCAGUCCCGCCUGCACCCCCACCCCCCCUUCCUUGUGCACCCGGACGGUGUCUCUCAUUCUGUGGUCUGUGCACGGGAUUGUGGGAAGGUCGGGUUGUUGAGAUGCUCCAAACAGCUGAGGCCGCAGCGCCGUUCUCGUUGUGGUACCGACCGGCCCGUUUGGUUGUAACGGGAAGUGAAGCAGUGUGUUUCGGGCUUGGCCACUCUGUUCACUCUGGUGACUGGAGAAGCCUUUUAUGUCAUGAGGUAAUGACCUGCAUGGAUGAGUCAAAUCAAGUAUUCUCAUUGUGUCAGUGAAGAUGUAAUACAUGUCGUCUUUAGAGUAAGUAUUACAAACCUUGAAAUUAAAGUAUUUUGUGAUGUAA